AGCUCCGCCCUUCACGGAGAGGUUGUGCAGAGCAGCCUCAGAGGCCGUCCCGGACCUUUCUCCGUGUGACUUUCCCUUCUUCCCGGCAUUCCUGUUUCCGCUUUCUCGGUGCUCUCCGGGUUCUGCACCACUAAGGUGCUUCGUGCCCGGUGCUUCAGUAACGUCAUCUCUCUGCGCCGCGCGGACACCCGCCGGUAGAAGGGGAACCAUUCCGCCGCCCUUCCCCUCUUUUGUUGGCCUGCUGCUCCUUCCGAAUCAUGGCGCCAUCGCUAUGGAAGGGGCUAGUAGGCAUCGGCCUCUUUGCCCUAGCACACGCCGCCUUUUCCGCUGCGCAGCAUCGUUCUUAUAUGCGAUUAACAGAAAAAGAAGAUGAAUCACUGCCAAUAGAUAUAGUUCUUCAGACACUUCUGGCCUUUGCAGUUACCUGUUAUGGUAUAGUUCAUAUUGCAGGGGAGUUUAAAGACAUGGAUGCCACUUCAGAACUGAAGAAUAAGACAUUUGACACUUUAAGGAAUCACCCAUCCUUUUAUGUAUUUAAUCAUCGUGGUCGUGUACUGUUCCAGCCUUCGGAUACAACAAAUUCUUCAAACCAAGAUGCAUUGUCCUCUGACACAUCAUUGAAGUUACGAAAAGUCGAUUCACUGCGCCGUUAAGAUUUUUACAAAUUGUAAUAUCAGGACAGGACAGGACAGGACAGAACAGGACACAGAGCUGAAUGUUGGAGUUUGGGGUGUGAAACACUCCUCCCAUCAGUAUUUAUAUUGACCUUUCAGACCUAAUUUAAAAAAAAAAUCUAUGCCCCUGUUUGUACACUGUUAAUGAGAUUGUUAAUGAAGUAUACAUUAUCUGUGAAAUGGGUCUUUGAUCUUUCGUAUAGGGAAUUUUUUUCAUUUGAAACAAAUUUGCAUCUUUUGUAAAAGUCACUAUUUUGAACACAUGAAAAAUGAUGGUGAUUUUUGUGAUUAUUUAUUUUCCUAGGUUUCUUUUGCACUACAGUUUUUAGGAAUCUUUUUUUGGAGAUACUGUGUGACUACUGCAUUUUGUAACCUGAAUUACAGUAAAAUGGUCUUCAGUUCUUUUCAAAUUCUGAAAUGAUGACUUCUCUUUUUCUUACGGUCCCUAAAAAGUGGUUCUUCUUUCACAGAUAUUUGCCAGUUUUUAAUUUAUCCAUGACUUCUCACCCCACCCCGCUCCCAUAUGCUUUCUAACAGCUGUCUUAUUUGAUCACUUCUCUGAGAUCAUUUGCAGUGAGCAAUUUUUAUGUCAGAAAUUCUGUCAUAGCAAAUAUAUUUAACAGGCUCAGCUUGCUCUAAAGCUUCUUGUGUUCUCUUCAGUUAGCUGUAAAAACUUUCCCCAAUUAUAUAGUGUUACGAAUAGUGGAAGAUGACUAAAAAGUCAUUUGUGAUUUCAUUAUCCUUCCUAUGUAGAAGAAUAGUAAUCAGUGAGAAAAAGUGAUUAAGCCAGUUUAACUUAUUCAAAGUCUUUGUUAGUCUAUUUAAUACUAAGAUAGUAAAUUAGUGAAAAUAAAGGAAACGACUCAUUAACGUAAAGGCAGAUGUAAAGGAAUCGGACCAAAUAUAUUCUAAAUAUUUGGAACUAAUAUAUUUGUUUAGAAAACUAAGGUCAUUGAAGAAAUUGUUGUCUAGCUUCUGAUUUAUAGCAGGCUUACCAUUUUCCAUCUUCCCUGUAUGGUGCUAAAGGUGAAGAUGAGGAUAAAGAGUUGAAUUUUUUCAGAAACAGUAAUUUUACUCUUAGUGAAAUUUGGCUAGCUCUUUGGGCCAAGCAAAACAAAACGAAACCUGCAGGAAGCUCAAGUUUAUUUUUUUUUAGAAAACAUUGCUUUUGUUGAAUUGUGCAGGUAUAAAAACAUUACUUUUGUUGAAUUGUAUAGGUGUAAAGGGAAUAACUGUAUGCCAGUUUGAAAAGCAACUAUGCUUUGGGCAAGAGUCAUAUGAUGCCCAUAUACUUGAUGGCAUUUUUUAAUUAGAAAUGAAUCGAGCUCUUCUGUCCUGCCUGGUAAUGCACAGCCCCAAAGGACAAGAUUAUUUUGUCAUUGGAUUUUUAUUGUUUUCGUUUACCCGCCUAAUCCGUGCAACAAUGACUCUGCUCUCUAAAGAGAACAAAGUUAGCAUCUGUUGGUAACUUAAGAUAAGUUAGAAAUGUGUUAAAAAUAUGAAGUCAGGGAUUAUAGUGAUAAUAAUGAAGUCAAAAUACUGUGCGAAAAAACUAGCCUCUGCUAUCAGGCUCGUCUGUUGUUUCCUCAGGUACGACUUGAUUCGGGAGAGCUUCCUGUUUUCUUCUCUUUUGGGGCUGUCUUCCUUUCCUAAUGUGUUUUUGGGUUUUUGUUUUGUUUUUUUGGUACUGGGGAUCGAACUUGGGAACUUGCGCUUGUGCGGCAGGUACCGGAACCACUGAGCUAAAUCCCUGGCCCUCCUAAUGUGUUUUUGUAGUACUGUUACUGAGAUACAAUUCACAUAGCUUGCAAUUCACCUUUUUAAUGGGUACAAUUAAAUGAUUUUUUUAUUCACAAGGUUGUGCAACCAUGAGCACAGUCAAAUUUUUAGGAUAUUACAUUACCCCCAAAGGAGCUCUGAACCCGGUAGCAGUCGCCUCUUAUUUUCUUCCAGUACCCACCCCCAGCCCUAGGCAGCCAUGUCUUUCUUUCUUUUUCUAUAGCUCUGCCUAUUCUGAUUAUUUAAUAUAAGUGGAUUCAUAUCUAAUCUUUGGUGACUGACUACCCACAUAGAGUUUUCUGUGUGAAAUGAAAAGUUCUCAUCUUGAAAACUUAUUACAGUGAAAGGAAGUGGUUGGUAAACCAGCAGAUUUAAUGAGGGAGGGUCAGUUACCUAGUAGGUUUCUGAGUUAAUCUUAUGCUGAAUAGCUUUUCCUUGUAGCCAAGCAAUCAUGAUAUACUACUGCUUAUAAUAUUUUGGAUAGUUUCUAGAACAGUUAUUGAAAUCUCUCUUUUUCUGCCCAGUCAGGAUAAUCCUGCUAAAAGUGAUGCCAAAUAAUUUGGCAAAAAAUUGACAUAGCAGUUUUCAGGUAUGUGUAACUUUGCUAUGCUAGCAGCUUGUAUACCUUGGGCCAGAUGAGCGCCCCAAAUUUCUUCUUAAAUUUACACCAGUGAAUUUCUGUUGUCUGUUUUAAGUAUGUACUAUAAGACUGAAGGUGAUUUGAGUGCAUUGUAACAGUGCUAAAUGUUUUAAGUAUGGAGUUUUACUUACAGCACUACAAAAUAGUCCAUUUCUGCCUAGGGUAGUUAAAAACAAUAUAGUGAUAUGAACUAAUUAAGCCUGCAGUUGACUCUGAUUUCAGUAACAAUUCAGAAGUAUGAAAAGUGCGCACCAAUCAAAGUUCCCCAGAAUAUAGGGAGACUCCUUAAUAAUCAGGCAACCAGCCAAAUACUAUGGGCCAGUGGCCCAGCAGCAGAAAAUGCAGAUCUGUGAACUGGAGGCAUAUGCUCUGUGACUCCCUACUAAUUAAUUGUUUCCUAAGCAUUGUGGCUUAUUCUUGAUUGGCAUGACAGCAUCUUCCUGGUUAUAUGUGGCCUGUUUCCAUGAUGUAUUGAGUAGUGUUGUUUGUUGUGAACAUCGAUGCCUGUAACACCAAGCUAAACACAUUUCUUUGGAUUUGUUUCCUCUCUUUAAAUUAUCUUUCCCUGUGUAAUAAAUAAAUGAUUGUCUCACCCUGUU